AUGGCUUCGAUCAAAAGAGUCUUCUUUACUUCUUUGCUGAUUCUUGUAGCUCUUUGUGGAGUUGCCAUUGGAGGAACCGUUCACAAAGUCGGUGACUCCAACGGAUGGACUAUGAUGGGAGUCGAUUACGAGGCUUGGGCAUCUUCAAGAACUUUUCAAGUUGGAGACUCUUUGGUCUUCAACUACAACAAAGAUUUCCACGACGUCACUGAAGUUACCCACAAUGAUUUCAACUUAUGUGAUCCUUCUAAACCGAUAACGAGGUACGAGACCGGGUCUGAUACCGUCACUUUAACCAAACCGGGACUCCAACACUUCAUAUGUGGAUUUCCUAGUCAUUGUGACUUGGGGCAGAAGCUUCAAAUCCAUGUCUUACCUGCCUCGUUAGGACCCGUCGCUGCUCCAGUUCCUAAACCGGUCCGAUCACCAAGCUCUUCUUCUUCUCCUUCACCGUUGGCCAACUCACCGGCUACUAGUGCUCCACAGUAUCAGAUGGGACCGUCACCAGCUCCACUUAGCGCAGCUUCAAAGUCUAGUGCUUGGAUUGGACUCUGCUUCCUUCCUUUACUUUCUCUUUUCAUCUAA